ACUAAUGAGUGUACAGAACUGUAUUCUGUCACUUAAAGUCACGUGGUUUAGGGUAUAUAAUCUUUAGUUUUUCUGUGACUUUUGUAUAUAAUAGUGUGUGAAGAGGAGCCAUAGUCUGCUAAAGUGUGUGGCGCUGUGAGCCCUCUGACUUGACCGACGUCUCAUCCAUCCAAUCAGCGCCUUGCUUGUGCCUCCCCAAAAAAAAAUCAUACCCAAGAGAGAAGGCGGGAUUACCCGGAUACGUCGUGACCAAUCACAUAGCAGGACUAACGUACACAGCUACUCAAUGCACGCGCAGUAGGCGGGGUUUGACACAAUACGGGUAGGAGAUUAAAACAAACCGCCGCCCGGUUCCUCCACAUGCUGCGCAGAGCGACAUCAGCAGUGCUGCGGAGCGGAGCCGAGAUCUCAGCCGCGGUCGUGUUCAUCCUCUCGCGGACCAAAGCCAGACCUGAGCCGCUGUGUACCUCACGCGUUAUCAGACCUUUCUGUCUGACAGCUUGUUUAAGCAAGAAGAAGAGGAAGGGGAGUGUGUGGUCCGAGCAGCGCGAGGGAGAGAAGAUGGACGGCAGCAUGGAGGAGAUUCUGGCUCCACUGAGACAGGCGGUGAAGGAGCAGGGCGAUCUGGUGCGGCAGAUGAAAACCGACGGCGCUCCCGACGUGGACGUCUCUAAAGCUGUGGCCGAGCUCAAAGCCAGGAAGAAGAUCCUGGAGGCGAAGGAGCUCUCGCUGCAGUCUAAAGAUGACAUCGUGGACCGAGCGAAGAUGGAGGACACGCUGAAGAGACGCUUCUUUUACGACCAAGCGUUUGCCAUCUACGGAGGUGUGAGCGGUCUGUAUGAUUUCGGGCCGGUCGGUUGCGCCCUGAAGAACAACAUCCUGCAGGCGUGGAGGCAGCACUUCAUCCACGAGGAGCAGAUCCUGGAGAUCGACUGCACGAUGCUCACACCCGAGUCCGUCCUCAAGACAUCGGGGCACGUGGACAAGUUUGCCGACUACAUGGUGAAAGACGUCGUAAACGGAGAGUGUUUCCGAGCCGAUCAUCUCCUCAAAGCUCAUCUUCAGAAGCUGAUGAGCGACAAGAAGUGCCCGCAGGAGAAAAAGAGCGAAAUGGAAGAAGUCAUCACUCAGAUGGACAACUACACUCAGCAGGAGCUGGCUGAUCUGUUUGUGAAAUACAACGUCAAGUCACCCAGCACAGGAAAUGACCUCACGUCGCCCAUCUCGUUCAACCUGAUGUUCCAGACCUCCAUCGGGCCCGGAGGCAACAUGCCAGGCUAUCUGAGGCCUGAAACUGCUCAGGGAAUCUUCCUCAACUUCAAGCGCCUGCUGGAGUUCAACCAGGGCAAGCUGCCGUUCGCUGCUGCUCAGAUCGGGAACUCUUUUAGAAACGAGAUCUCCCCACGCUCAGGCCUUAUCCGUGUCCGAGAGUUCACCAUGGCUGAGAUCGAGCACUUCGUCGACCCGAAUGAGAAGGUGCAUUCCAAGUUCUCCAGCGUUGCCGAUCUGGAGAUCCUGCUGUACUCGUCCAAAGCUCAGACCAGCGGUCAGUCGGCUAAGAUCAUGAAACUGGGGGAUGCGGUGGAGCAGGGCGUCAUCAACAACUCCGUCCUUGGCUACUUCAUCGGGAGGAUCUACCUCUACCUGACCAGAGUCGGUCUGGCGAAAGACAAAGUGCGUUUCCGUCAGCAUAUGGACAAUGAGAUGGCUCACUACGCCUGCGACUGCUGGGACGCCGAAGCCAAAACCUCCUACGGCUGGAUCGAAAUCGUGGGCUGCGCCGACCGCUCCUGCUACGACCUCACGUGUCACGCACGGGUUACCAAGGUCCCGCUGGUUGCAGAGAAACUUCUGAAGGAACCUAAAGUCGUCAACGUAGUGCAGUUUGAGCCGAACAAGGGAGCCAUCGGGAAGGCGUACAAGAAGGAGGCGAAGCUGGUCAUGGAGCACCUCGCCGUGUGUGACGAGUGCUACAUCACCGAUCAGGAGAAGCUCCUCAGUGAGAACGGAGAGUUCACCGUCGAGACUGAAGGCAAGACCUUUAAACUUACAAAAGACAUGGUGAGCGUCAAGAGGUUCCAGAAGACGCUUCAUGUUGAAGAGAUCACCCCCAACGUCAUCGAGCCUUCCUUCGGCAUCGGCAGAAUCAUGUACUCCAUUUUCGAGCACACAUUCCACAUCAGACAAGGAGACGAGCAAAGAACGUAUUUCAGCUUCCCGCCUGUCGUAGCACCGUACAAAUGCUCCGUCCUUCCUCUGAGCCAGAAUCAGGAAUUCGUGCCUUUUGUGCGUGAGCUAUCUGAAGCCAUGACCAAAUUCGGCGUGUCCCAUAAAGUGGACGACUCCUCCGGCUCCAUCGGGAGGCGCUACGCCAGGACAGACGAGAUCGGCGUGGCGUUCGGGAUCACUAUCGAUUUCGAUACGGUGAACAAGACGCCACACACGGCCACUCUGAGAGACCGCGACAGCAUGAGGCAAAUCCGAGCUGAGGUUCGCGAGUUACCCGAGAUCGUGCGAGACCUCGCCAACGGUACCACCACAUGGUCGGAGAUCGAGAACAAGUACCCCAUCUUUGAAGGGCAGGAGACCAGCAAGAAGGACGCAGCAGAAGAGUAGAUGAAGCUGCCUUACCUCAUCCUGACUCCUACACACACACACACACACACUCACACAUAUGGCGUCCAUGCGCAUUUUUUACACAAGCACCAAUAGGAACAAUUUAAUUGUGCCUGUACAAUAUUAACGAUCGUUGUGAAUGACGCUUACAAACAAUUUCAAAUCAUUAAAAUAUAUCUUUAUGCAGUCACUGAGAGACAACAUUAUGAGAACACGGUUAGGUAACAUAAGGACAUGCGAUAAAAGGGAAAACUGGAAUUCAGGUAUUGUGAAUUUCACCAAUUAAGAAAUUGCUAGAAAUCUGAAAUGCAUCUUUGGUUCAAUAAAUUAAAGCCAGCACUUUCUGGACCUCCAA